AUGGAAAGCAGAAAGACAAGAGCAAACGACGGCUUGCAACACAGUCGCUGUGCGAAGUCCCGGAAGAUAGACCAGUCCCUGCCAGAUAAGAGCGCAGCCCAGACACCUCGACAGCAGACAGCAUCUGCUAAGUCCCCAGCGGAGAGUGUCGACCCGCCUUCCGUCAACCAUCCCACUCCCUGGCGCUACCCACCAGCGUUCUGGGACGGACUCUCGACAAUUCCACUGAUCCGCUCGGCCCUGGAAGAGUUGGACCGGCGGAACAGCGAACGACCUGCCCCUCCAGAGCCCGCUACCCUCGACCGAUUUGCACGCCACGGCGGACCAGACCUGCGCGACCUCCGAAGGUAUCCUGCUCCUGCUCCGCCGAGCAGGCACCAUACUGCCGACAACAUGAGCUCCUCAUCCCAGAGCCAAGCAGUCAGGUCUACCAACCCAAUAACAAUCACAACUAUAUCAAGGACAACUAAGAGCAGGAAGUCAUCGGCCUAUAAUCCUGGAUUCGAACAGCAUCUGACUGAUCAUGGGAUCUACCGAACCUGGAGUUCGCAAAAGCCGGAUCUGGCGGAAACAAUGGCAGCACUAGCUGUCCCGAGGCCAUCACUCUCACCCUCCUGCUUCCCAGAUAUUACCUUCGAGACCUGCUAA